AUGAAGACUAGAGAGAACCGAGAGGAAAAUGGAACUCUGGAACCGUAUGUUGGUGGAAGACGAUGCAUGUUGGAGGACGCUACUGGGAACACAAAGGUACAGGCUACUGGGAACACAAAGGGUGCAGGCUGCUGGGAGCACAAAGGUGCAGGCUACUGGGAACACAAAUGUGCAGGCUACUGGGAACACAAAGGUGCAGGCUGCUGGGAACACAAAGGUGCAGGUUGCUGGGAACACAAAGGUGCAGGCUACUGGGAACACAAAUGUGCAGGCUACUGGGAACACAAAGGUACAGGCUGCUGGGAACACAAAGGUACAGGCUACUGGGAACACAAAGGUGCAGGCUGCUGGGAACACAAAGGUACAGGCUGCUGGGAACACAAAGGUACAGGCUGCUGGGAACACAAAGGUACAAGCUACUGGGAACACAAAGGUGCAGGCUACUGGGAACACAAAGGUGCAGGCUGCUGGGAACACAAAGGUACAGGCUACAGGGAACACAAAGGUGCAGGCUACUGGGAACACAAAGGUACAGGCUACUGGGAACACAAAGGUACAGGCUACUGGGAACACAAAGGUACAGGCUACAGGGAACACAAAGGUACAGGCUACAGGGAACACAAAGGUGCAGGCUACUGGGAACACAGAGGUACAGGCUACUGGGAACACAAAGGUACAGGCUACAGGGAACACAAAGGUACAGGCUACAGGGAACACAAAGGUACAGGCUACUGGGAACACAAAGGUGCAGGCUACUGGGAACACAAAGGUACAGGCUACUGGAAACACAAAGGUACAGGCUACAGGGAACACAAAGGUACAGGCUACAGGGGACACAAAGGUACAGGCUGCUGGGAACACAAAGGUGCAGGCUACUGGGAACACAAAGGUGCAGGCUACUGGAAACACAAAGGUACAGGCUACAGGGAACACAAAUGUGCAGGCUACUGGAAACACAAAGGUACAGGCUACUGGAAACACAAAGGUACAGGCUACAGGGAACACAAAGGUACAGGCUACAGGGAACACAAAGGUACAGGCUACAGGGAACACAAAGGUACAGGCUACUGGGAACACAAAGGUACAGGCUACAGGGAACACAAAGGUACAGGCUACUGGGAACACAAAGGUACAGGCUACAGGGAACACAACGGUACAGGCUACAGGGAACACAAAGGUACAGGCUACAGGGAACACAAAGGUACAGGCUACUACUGUUGA